AUGACUUCAGUAUCUCCUUUCCUUCCCAUCAUCAUCACCUUGUUUCUGCUCCCAACUUUCUCAUCAUCCCAAACCAAUGUGUCCAUCGGAUCUACCCUCAUUGCAGGCGAUGAAAACCAACCCCCAUGGAUUUCUCCUUCCGGGGAAUUCGCCUUCGGGUUUUGGCAAAUCGACCACACAGAUCAAUUCCUAGUUGCAGUAUGGUAUAACAACAUAUCUGAGAAAACCUUAGCAUGGUAUGCAAAUGGAGAUAACCCAGCUCAAAAAGGAUCAAACCUUAAUCUCACUUCUAACCGCGGCCUACUUCUCGUUAGUCCUAAUGGGGAGGAAACCCAGAUUUCUGAUCCCAUAGUUCGUACAGUCACCCAUGGUUCAAUGCUAAACACAGGAAACUUCGUGCUCUUUAAUGGAGAUUCUGAAAGUUUAUGGGAAAGCUUCAAGAAUGUUAAAGACACUAUUUUGCCAGGCCAAGCGUUUAAAGAAGGCUUUAGUCUUUCAUCUCGCCUUUCAGAGACUAACUAUUCAAGGGGAAGGUUUCUGCUCAGCCUGCUUGGUAAUGGAAAUCUUGAGCUUGCCACAGUUAACUUGCCAGGGGAGUAUAAAAAUGAGGCAUAUUAUUUGAAUGGCACCAUUGAUGGUUCUGGUUCAUCGGAUUAUCAGCUGAUAUUCAAUGAAUCUGCCUGGAUUUUCACCCUGGCAAAUAACAAAAUAGCAACAAUUUUCUCAGAGGGUGAAAAGGGGCCAUCAAGGAGCUUCUACCAUUAUGCAAGAUUGGAUUUUGAUGGGAUUUUCACCCACUAUCGUCGCUCGAAAGCCUUUAAUGAUGACAAGGGAUGGUCUGUUGUUUGGUCUAUCCCAGAUAACAUCUGUCUGGCAAAUCUUGUAACCAAAGGGAGUGGGGUUUGUGGGUACAACAAAAUUUGCAGCCUUGUUAAUGGUAACAGGCCUUAUUGUUCUUGCCCUUCACCCUUUUAUCAGGUCAAUCCAGAGGAUGAUUAUAGAGGCUGCACCCCUACUUUUGUACAGAACUGCAUUGAUGAUCCAAAUGAUGCAGAAAGUCUGUAUGAUUUCAGAACUGUCACAAACAUUGAUUGGCCCAUGACCGAUUAUGAAGUGUUGAAGCCUUUUAAUGAAGAUGAAUGCAAGGAUUCUUGCUUGCAUGAUUGUAUGUGUGCUGUGGUUGUUUUUAAUGGGAAUACUUGUUGGAAGAAGAAACUCCCGCUUUCGAAUGGGAGAGUAGGUAGCAGUGUGAAUAGGAGAGUUUUCAUCAAGCAACGGAGAGGCGACUCCCCUGCAGAAAGUUCUAAAUCUUCAGAGCCUAAUAAGAGCAAGAACACCAUCAUUGUUAUAAUCUCUGUGUUCUUGGGUAGCUCAGUUUUAAUUAAUUUCAUACUUCUUUCUGUGAUGUGUCUGGGAUUCUUUCUCGUUUAUCGUAACAGAUUUACACAGUUUAACAGAGGUGGCAGCUCAAUGGAUCAAAAUCUGAGAUAUUUUUCUUACAAGGAGCUUGUGAAUGCCACGGAUUUGUUCAAAGAAGAAUUGGGAAGAGGGGCCUUUGGUAUUGUUUACAAGGGGGUGAUUAACAGUGGGAGAUCUCCCAUUUUUGUAGCUGUGAAGAGAUUGGAUAGGGUUAUUCAAGAUGGGGAUAAGGAAUUCAAGACUGAAGUGAAUGUGAUUGGGCAAACUCACCACAAGAAUCUGGUUAGAUUAAUUGGAUUUUGUGAGGAAGGGUCUAACCGUUUACUGGUGUAUGAAUUCUUGAAAAAUGGCACAUUGGCUAACUUCAUUUUUGGGGAUUUGAAGCUGACAUGGAACCAAAGGACUCAGAUUGCACUUGGGAUCGCGAGAGGGCUCUUGUACUUGCACGACGAAUGCAGCACACAGAUCAUCCAUUGCGACAUCAAGCCUCAGAACAUUCUUCUCGACGAUUCUUAUGUUCCAAGGAUUUCUGAUUUUGGGUUGGCGAAGCUUCUGAGGAUGGAUCAGAGCGAGACUCAGACAGCAAUACGAGGAACAAAAGGGUACGUCGCGCCAGAAUGGUUUAGGAACAUGGCAAUAACUGUGAAGGCAGAUGUGUACAGCUUUGGCGUUUUGCUGUUGGAGAUUGUCUGUUGCAGGAAGAACGCGGCCUUGGAACUAGGUGGAGAGCAAGCAUUCUUGUCGUUCUGGGCUUAUGAUUGCUACCGGGAAGGCACAACAGAAAAGCUUGUUGGAAAUGACUCGGAUGCUGCAUUUGACAAGAAGAGAUUGGAGAGGUUUAUAAUGGUGGCACUUUGGUGCAUCCAGGAAGAUCCUCAUUUGAGGCCAACCAUCAAGAAGGUUGUGUUGAUGCUUGAAGAAGUUGUAGAAGUCCCGGGGCCUCCAUGCCCCACCCCGUAUAGCACCGGAAGCUCCAUGCUAGAUUCAGCGUAA